ACAAGCGCCUCUCUCCCAACUCCCAACUCAAACAAUGGCGACUACAAACCAUCUUCUCUCUCACUCUCCCUUCCUCCCUAAAACCCUGACACACCAGCAGCACCAAUUUACCCAAAACACAUUUUCUAAUAUCUCCAUUUUACCCCUUAAAAACUCCAAAAUCCCCUCUAAGUCUGUCCUCUCUAUCAAUGCAGUCCUCUCCCAAGAAACCCAUCAACCCGCAUCGUUCCAACACUGCUUCAACAAAUCCUCUGAUGGGUAUCUCUACUGUGAGGGCCUCAAGGUCGAAGAAGUCAUGGAGACUGUUGAGAAAAGGCCGUUCUACUUGUACAGUAAGCCCCAGAUUACUAGGAAUUACGUGGCCUAUAAGGAGGCUUUGGAAGGGUUGAAAUCAAUCAUUGGGUACGCCAUAAAGGCCAAUAACAAUUUGAAGAUUGUGGAGCACUUGAGGCAACUGGGGUCUGGUGCGGUUUUGGUCAGUGGGAACGAGCUGAGAUUGGCUCUCCAUGCCGGGUUUGAUCCUAAAAAGUGUAUUUUUAAUGGAAAUGGAAAACUGUUGGAAGAGUUAGUUUUGGCUGCCCAAGAAGGUGUUUUGGUAAAUGUGGAUAGCGAAUUUGACUUGGAGAAUAUUGUGGCAGCUGCAAAAAUUGCGGGAAAGAAGGUUAACGUUUUACUGCGGAUCAACCCAGACGUGGAUCCUCAGGUUCAUCCUUAUGUUGCUACCGGCAACAAGAACUCCAAAUUCGGGAUUAGAAAUGAGAAGCUGCAGUGGUUUCUGGAUGCUGUGAAGGCACAUCCCAAUGAGUUGAAGCUUGUGGGGGCUCAUUGUCAUCUUGGUUCAACCAUUACCAAGGUGAACAUUUUUAGGGAUGCGGCAGUUCUUAUGGUCAACUACAUUGACGAAAUGCGGGCCCAGGGCUUUGAAGUUGAUUACUUGAAUAUUGGAGGUGGUUUGGGCAUAGAUUAUUAUCAUGCUGGUGCUGUGCUUCCCACACCUAGAGAUCUCAUUAACACUGUUCGAGAAUUGGUCCUUUCACGGGAUCUCAAUCUCAUCAUUGAACCAGGGAGGUCAAUGGUUGCAAAUACUUGCUGCCUGGUCAAUCACGUUACUGGAGUCAAAACUAAUGGAACGAAAAAUUUUAUUGUGACCGAUGGUAGCAUGGCUGAACUCAUCCGUCCUAGUCUUUAUGAUGCUUAUCAACACAUUGAACUUGUAUCUCCCGCGCCAGCAGAUGCUGAAAUUUCAACUUUUGAUGUGGUGGGACCUGUCUGCGAAUCUGCUGAUUUCUUGGGGAAGGAGAGAGAACUUCUAACCCCAGCUAAGGGCGAUGGCUUGGUUGUGCAUGACGCAGGCGCUUACUGCAUGAGCAUGGCUUCAACGUACAAUCUAAAGAUGCGCCCCCCUGAGUAUUGGGUUGAAGAUGAUGGAUCAAUCGCAAAAAUCCGGCAUGGUGAGACAUUUGAAGAUCACCUGCGAUUCUUUGAGGGUCUGUGAUUGAGACGUUUUCCAGUUAUUCUGAUGCAGGUUGGGGAGAUUGAGAAUAACACAUAAUUCAUGGUUGGUUAUUCUGUAUUUGAAUACUUUUUACUUGAUUUUACACAUUAAGCUCUAUUUGAUACUUUCUUAUAACUUUAGAAGCCAUGAUUGAAAGAAGAGUCAGGCAAGUUUUUGCUUAUUGAAGCUCCACACUAUUUUCCUA